UUUGUAUGGAUUACUUUGUCAUUUAUUAUAUUUAUGAUAUUAUCCCUUGUUGAUUUUAUUAUCUGCUGCCAACAAUGAAGCAAAAAUCAUUUCCAUUUCUUAAAAAAAUUCAUUAAAAAGAAGUUCUUAAUCCCUUUGAAAUAUUCGAUCUAUUGCUGGUGGCCAUUAAGUCCUCUACUCGGACUGAAUUAUUUGUACCCUCUAUGACACGACAACGAAUACAAGAAAGAAAUAAAGGAUAGCCUAAGGAUACGCAUUUAUAUAACACUGAUGCAUGAACUCAUAAGGUCAGGAGGGUCAGUAAUACUCCAAUCAUACUCUCUCAUAGAAGGCACGAAGGCACCUGACUAUUUGAUGAUAAUUUCUAUUACAAUCAAUGCUAUUUGCUUUUUCAAAUGCAAAAUGAUUUAUUGCUACCAGUCUGUUAAAGGCAUCGAAAAUUUAAAUGGAUGCAGAAAGUUCUUACAGUACUGAAUAAUCAUUGUGGAAACAGGAGCGAUUCUUUCCUCCCUCAUUUCAAUUACUAGAUAUGGAAAAUUCUGGGGACUUCUCAUUUAUUUUAUCGCUCUCAUUGUUAACAUAUACUACACAAUGAAAAUAGAAAAUGAUGAUGAGAAGAGAAUCAUUGAGAAACAGAAGAAGGACGCUAAAGAAAAUAAAGAAAAGCAAAGAGAUAAUGAAGUCUCUCGGUGAAAUGAGAAUGUUGAAGACGCGGAAGAAGUCGAUGAUGAAAUUGAAUUGAAGGAAGAAUUAAUAUCUGACAGGCUUAUUAUCAAGGAUUAUGCGAUCACAAUGCAUGACUACAUAUGUCUAAUAUGAAUUCGAGUUUUUAGAACAAGGCUUAUUUCUAACUAUUUUUUAGAAAUUCUCCAGAUGGCAAAAAUAUCCCUCUUAAUUGGUUUUUGAGGCUUUAUCUAUUAUGAAAGAAAUGGAGUUGAUGCUUUGAUAGCAAUUGUAUUCAACUCGAUACUAUUAUUCUUGUUAGGUGUGUAUUUCAUCGCAUCUUCUAAAGAUCCACAGAAAACUAAGGAUGACGAGUCUGAUAAUGAAUUUUUAAACGAUCAGAAAACAAGAGAAAACAUCAAUCCUAAGAGAGGAAUGCCUGGAAGCAAGAAAUAUAUUCAAGAUUCUGAAGAUGAUAAUGAAGAAGACCAUAGAGAAGAAAAUAAAGAUGAAGAAGAAGUUCAAGUUCCCGAUCCUGAAGUAGAACUGACAGACCGCCUUAAAGGUCCUACCGCCCCAACUUUGGUUACAAAUCCUGCUGAAAACUAA